UGUAGACAAAAUUGUUACCCAUGAAUACAUACUAAGAAAGGGCAAGAAAAGAGCAUUGAACUAUUUUGAGACUAAAAAUUGAAAAAGAAAAUAAAAGAAUAAUCAGUGGUCUUCUUCCUGCACUUAAAAUGGGUAUCAAUUAUAGGGAGAGAUGAUGGUUAAGAAUGAAGGAUGGGUGUGUUCCCAUUUUUCUUUUUGGCAAAGUUUGACCUCAAGAUUUUCAGCAGAACCAUCCAAUUGAAGCCUUCAGAAGAAAAGAAAAAAAAAAACGAAAACAAGUUGAAAAUAUUUCAUUCAUUCUUUCUCUAACCACCCUUCUCUUAAGAUGCACCUCACGUUGCAUCGAUCUGCUUCUCAGAAAUAGAGAGAGAAGAAGAAAUCCAAAUAAAGGGGAAGGGAGGGAGGGGGAGAGAGAGCAAAACCAAAAUCUUUUCCUUAUUCCUCAGUUCAAAGGAGGUAAAGAGAAGCAAAACAAAACCAUCCCACCACCAUUUUUCUUGUUUUUUGUCUAAAAAUCCUGCUUCUCUUCCUCCUUUUUUUUUUCUUAAUUCCCUUCCUUUUCUCUCUAUGCUGUCUGAAACCCAGAAGCAAUUGAUCACCCAGUUGCCGGUUUGUUGUCCCUUGCGUUUUCCGUCAAAAGUUUCAUCAAGAAACUGAAGAUGAUUCAUGCUAUGGAGCAGGAGCACGAAGGUUUCAAAUCCAAAUUAUGUCAUUUCAAAGGAACGCACGAGAAUUCUGGCAGACAUGCCAAGAGCUUGAGCAUCGAGGGUGCCGGCAUGUUGGACUCUCUUGUCGACGAGGAUACAUCAAGAAGCCAAGGAUCGACGCCAGUUCACAACAACUCUGCAGAGAAGCCGCUGACACCAACCAAUCGACCUGAAAAGUCUCUGAAGCUGAAGUUGACCAAGGAUGAAGAUGCUGUCACUGAGAAGGAACCCAGAGACAAGAAGGCCUUAGAAAUGGAACAAAUGAAAGAGAGGUUUGCAAAGUUACUCUUGGGAGAAGACAUGUCUGGGGGAGGAAAGGGUGUUUCCUCAGCCUUGGCAUUGUCUAAUGCAAUCACAAACCUUGCUGCUUCUGUGUUCGGAGAACAAUGGCGUCUAGAGCCAAUGUCAUUAGAAAGAAAAACAAGAUGGAGAAAAGAAAUCGAUUUGCUCUUAUCCGUCACAGACUACAUUGUUGAGUUUGUUCCUUCACAACAGAAAUCCAAGGAUGGAACCAAUAUGGAGAUAAUGGUGACCCGGCAACGAAAUGACUUGCACUUGAACAUCCCAGCUUUGAGGAAGCUUGAUGCCAUGUUAAUUGGUUGUCUGGAUAAUUUUAAAGAACAGAAUGAGUUCUAUUAUGUAUCGAGAGAUGCCGAUGACUCGGAGAAAGGAAAUAACAAGAGAAAAGAUGAUAAGUGGUGGCUACCUACAGCAAGAGUUCCUCCAAAUGGUUUAUCAGAAAUGUCAAGAAAGUUUCUGCAGUACCAGAAGGAUUGUGUGAACCAGGUCCUGAAGGCAGCCAUGGCUAUAAAUGCUCAAAUCAUAUCAGAAAUGGAGAUCCCUGAAGAUUACAUUGAAUCUCUCCCUAAAAAUGGAAGGGCAAGCCUAGGGGAUUCCAUCUACAGAAGUAUAACAGUUGAGUUCUUUGAUCCUGAUCAGUUUCUUUCCAGCAUGGACUUAACAUCAGAUCAUAAAAUCCUAGAUCUCAAAGACAGAAUUGAAGCUUCCAUAGUGAUUUGGAGGAGGAAGAUGAAAGAUGUUAAAUCUGCUUGGGCUUCAGCAGUGAGCUUGGAAAAGAGAGAACUAUUUGAAGAGAGAGCAGAGACCAUCUUGCUAAUACUUAAGCACCGAUUUCCCGGAAUCCCACAAUCUUCACUAGAUAUCAGCAAAAUUCAAUUCAAUCGGGACGUAGGGCACGCCAUUUUGGAGAGCUACUCCAGAAUACUGGAAAGCCUAGCCUUCACAGUGAUGUCUCGAAUCGAAGACGUACUCCACGCUGAUGCCGUAACUCAAAAUCCAUCACAGACAGCACCGAAGAGGAAACCAGCGAGCGAAACUCCACCGGAAAAAACGCCAUGCAAAAGAGAAGACAACGGCACAGAAACGCCGGUUUCAAUGACACUGUUGGAUUUCAUGGGUUGGGGUCAGGAACAAAGCGAGAACGAGCCGAAGAAGGCUUCACUGGGGCAGUCGGAUGAAUUAAACGCCGAUUCAGAUGCGAAAAACGGAAAUACGCCUGGGAAUAUAGUGACAAACAAGAAGGUUUCGUACGUGGAAAAUUUGAGCGCUGUGAAAAGUCCAACGGCCCGCCAUUGAAGAGGGAUUGAAGAACAAAAAAGGUGCAGGAAGAUGACAAUUAGAUAGAGGGAUAGGGAGAAUUGCAAAAGAAAGUGAAUUAUCAAUGAAUUUGGGGUUCCUUUUUUUUUUUUUUUUCUUCCCACAUUUGGGAUUUGACAAUUUUCUAUCUCAUUCCUUGUGUAAAUAGGAGGAAGAAUGAGAAGAACAAAGAACACACUUUAAUUUGGAUUUUGAUUUGUGUAAAACCAAAAUGGCUUUUGUAUAA